AUGACCAACACCUUCGGUACUCGUAUCCACGACUUGACCCACCCGGAUGUCCAGAACGCCCUCCGAACCCAGGCCAUUCUGCGGCGGACAUCCCGGCCGGGGGCCUACCUGGUGGAUGAAAUCCCCCCACUGGCGCGCCUCCCACGCUGGCUGCAACCCGGCCGUCGGGACGCCCAGCGUGCCGGUCGGGAGGUGCUCGAGAUGAAGAUGGCUCUCUGGCACCGGCUCGAGCAGCAAGUCACCACCGGUCAGGCGCCCCACUGCUACGCGCGCGAGAUCUUCGAGAGCAAAGACUACUGGAAUGCCCACGGCCUGACCGACGAGCACUUGGCCUGGCUGACCAGUGGGCUCGUGGAAGCCGGCUUUGAAACCACCGCUGCCACGCUGAAUGGCCUCGUUCUCCAUCUGGCCAACAACCCGCGCGUGCAAGAAGCGGCCGACCGCGAGCUCAUGCGCGUCGUCGGUCCCAGCCGCCUGCCCACCUUUGCGGAUCUGAAACAGCUGCCGUAUAUCCGCGCGUGCGUGAAGGAGAUGCUCCGCAUGAACCCCAUCCUAGCCCCGGGGAUCCGACACUUCGCCGAGGCGGAUAUCGCGUACAAAGGCCAUGUCAUCCCCAAGGGCACCGUGCUUUUGGCCAACACCGCUUUUCUCCACUUCGACUCGCAGCGAUUUGACAAUCCGGAGGCCUUUCACCCCGAGCGCUACCUGGACCACCCGCUCUACAGCGCCGAGUAUGCGGCCAUGGGAGACCCCCUCCAGCGCGAUCAUUUUGCCUUCAGCAGCGGUCGACGCACCUGUCCAGGAGCUCGGCUAGCCGAGAACUCGCUGGGGAUUGCCUUGGCUGGCAUGCUGUGGGCAUUUGAGAUUCGACCGCCGAACGGUCAGGCACAUAUGGAGGUGGGCCCCGGGGCGUAUCUGGAUGCCGGGUUUCAACUUCCGAAGCCGUUUGAAGUGCAAUGGGUCGUCAAGGGAGAGGAGCGGGCGCGUAUAAUUCGGGAGCAGUGGACGAUUGGUCAACAGGAGGGGUAUGAAUUGAGGGGAGUGCCGGUGGGCGUGGAUGGGGUUAUCUUAUAG